CCGAAGGCAUCCCUCCUGUCGCGGCCAUUGCAACCUCAAGAACUAGUCGGGAGGUAGCCAAUUUACUUGUCUUCUUGCCUCAUUCUCCAUAUUCUAUCUGGCUUGACAUAAUGCCAAAUGCAACCAUGUCCAGUCGAAACUUGACUGAUUUGCGACCAGUUAAGAGACGACGUCUCCAACGUGAAAUCGACACCAUUCUUUCGGAGUCCGAUGGAACAAUCGAGGACCACCAGCUUUGCAACCAUUUGAUCGACACCACUACAGAUUCAAAUAAAAGACUCAGAUCCGAACUCGCAGAAACUCGGGGGAAAUUGGCAAGAGUUCAAAGAGACUACGAUGAACUGGAAUCUGAUCACUCACAAUGUCCCUACUGGAUUCAGAGGAACGAGUCUCUUGCUACGACUUUGGAUAAUCGUUGCGAGAAGCUCGAGAAAGAGAAUGAAAGACUCCAAAAUACUUGCGAUGAGUUGACAUCUUCGUACUCAAAACUGCGAUGAAGUCGACAAUACGGAUAGGGGGGCAGGAUAAUAUUCAGUAAUAAUUUCAUGAAUGGAAGUCGAG